AUGGACGGGGAGUGGAGGAGCCGUGACACACAGCGGCCUUCGGUUCAGGGACGUUUCUCCUCCCGCUGCAUCUCAAACAGUCUGGAGGAGAUCCGGCAGGCAGCAGGAGGAGAUCAGAGCCGCAGUCCUCGGUCUCCUCAGAGCUGUCAGUGAGGAGGUUCAGAGGAACCAAUGAGGAGAUGAUGAAGAUCUCAGAUCACCAGAACCCGGUCUGCACAUCAUGUUCUGUUUUUAAUGUAAAACAUCAGAGAGUAACGUUCAGUCAAACUUCAGGUUAGUUCACAGUGUGUGUGUGUGUGUGUGUGUGUGCGUACGUGUGUGUGUGCUGGUUAAACUGGUCUGUUCAGUGAGUAAUGACCCCUCCUUCUGGUUUGAGACCCUCCCCUGCUCUCCAGUCUGUGAUUAACCCCUCGCUGCCCCGCUGGAACCCUGACCCUCAGCGACCCUGAGCCAAUCAGAGCGUCUCAGAGCGCCGUGAGGACGGGACAACAGCUGAUUUUUAACAACACUGUCACCUGUUUCUGCAGGACUCCACACAAGGAGGAGGAGAGGUGGUUUUGAAGACGGACUGACGGCUCACCCAGUUCUUCCUCGGACAGAAACAUACUUUAUCCUCCUUUUACUGUUAAAAUUAAAACUCAAUUCAUCUCCAACUCUCAGAACAUGAAGACAAGUUUUGCUUUUAAAGCCGUUUGGAGCUUUUCUCACAUCUUUACAGUGAGAUUAGUUAAACCAGUUAUACCAACUUUAGUAACGGCUGCAGGAUAGUAAUACAGAGAGCCACACGCUCAACCAAAACACCACUCUAUAGCCACAAAUAAUGCUCAGAACAGCACCUAACUUCAUCAACAGGACAUAUAGGGUCCCAGCCAUAGCACUAGACACCAAAGAUCACCUACUCUCUUCCAGCAGCCACUAGUUUGGAUCGAAACCUCAGGCCAGUCCAGUCCGGACUACAGUGGGGUGCCGCAGCUCAAGAAAGAACAUUUAUGAUCAUUUCUUUAUUAUUUCCUUUAAGUAAUAAUCAUCAUAUUAAUCAUUUUACAGACGCGGUAGUUCUUCUGUCUUAGCGUCUUGGUCUGACUGUAUUUCCAUGAAGAAAUGAUCAUAAAUGUUCUUCCUUGAGCAGCGGCACCCCGCUGUAGUCCGGACUGGACUGGCCUGCGGUCUCGCUACAAACAAGCGGCUGCUGGAAGAGAGUAGGUGAGUUGUGUUUAGUCUCUUUGCUAAAGAAAUGAGUCAAAGUUAAAAAGAUGUUUGGUGUCUAGUACUAUGGCUGGGACCCUAUAAGUCCUGUUGAUGAAGUUAGGUGCUGUUCUGAGCAUUAUUUGUGGCUAUAGAGUGGCGUUUUGGUUGAGCGCGUGGCUCUCUGUAUUGCUAUCCUGCAGUCGUUACUAAAGUCGACAACAUUCAUCUCUUGAGGGGGGUCUAACUCUGAGUUACGGUGUGUUUGACCAUAACUUAAUUGUACGUUGGAAUAUCCCUUUAAAGCAGGGAUUAAGAGGACGGUCAUCACCUGUCAUACGAAGCUUCAGGGGUCUGAUCUGAAUUUCAUCAUGGACCCCGGGGCCACAGAGAGCCGCUAAGUUAACGUUCACAGACACUAAACUCUGCUGACUAUAAUCAGGGUUCAGAGUUUUCAUUAAGGAGCUCAAAUAAAGACCUGAAGCUCAACAUGAAACCUGUUCUCAUCUCCUCAGACGGGUUUAUUCAGACCGACUGAAAUCUGAAGAUUCACCCACAUGUGGUCCAGAUGUUGGAGCUCAGAGGAGUUUGUUAAAUUUCUGAAUCGGUGGAUUAAUCCCUCAUCAAAAACCCUCCUCACAGUAAUUAUCUGAUGAUUAGCAGACGACGUGGAAUUACUGAAAAUCUGACUUAUUAGCAUAACAUGAAGCUUUGUUUCAGGAAGGCCAGCUGGCUAAUCGUCCUCUGCUCCCCCACACACUCGUUCACACAGACUGGAGGUGUGUGUGUGUGUGUAAAUUGACUUCCGCACCUUCACCUGCUCUCUUUUUAGCUACUGCUCUACAUUUUUACCGCCGUGGCUGAGCCUGAGGAGGAAACACGGGUCUGAACGCCGCCGAUCAAACUUCAGUCCAAACACUGACGACACGCCGCCAGAACAUCAAACCGCCUCAUGUCACCGCCUGUCAUCAGCUCUGGCCUUGACCCCGCCCACCAUCAACACAUUCUGA